AUGAUCAGAUCUAGGUCGGGUAUCAAAUCCUACAUCAUGUUCGUUACUUGUCAGUUGUUGGUCUAGAAAUUUGUUGUUUCCUCGAUUCGAAAGUUUUUACCUUUACCCGUCGAACACUCCUCCGGCAAAGAAACUCAAAAUUCGAUGUUUUCUUGAAAACGAGACCACGUCCUUAGUCCUUAGAGCGUACUGGAGAGGAGUCGCCGCCGUGGCAGCUGCUGCACCGAAAACCAGAGUCCGAUUCCAAUACGAAUCCGAAUCCGAGUCCAAGAGCCUUUGCCUUUGGGUGUCGAGAUCUCACCUCGACCCAGCACUUCCGUCUUGAAGCCGAGGGUUCGUCGCACUCGGGAACUAUGUGACAGCGACACUCCGAGGACAGCGCCAGGGUCGGGAUUACCACUGGGCCUCCGGAGCAGUGGGAGCCGGGAUCCCAGCCAGAGAAGACGACGCAGCAGGACUCAGGAGCCGAGAAGCGACGGAGGAGGAUCCCGGGACGGGAACAGGAGACCCGGCGGCGCUAUGGCCAUUCACGAGCAGAUCGACAACCUGAACAUCUGGUGGUUUCCGCGCGACUUCUGCCAGUCGCGCUUCGGCGAGUUCCAGCAGAGCGGCACCAACUCCUGUACCCUCAUUUCACUGAUCCUGGCCGACAAGGUGGCCAAGGCGGAGAGGUUCUACCACAGGGUCUCCGACCUGCCGAUGCGCGGAUGGGAGCUCUUCGGGAACGCCAUUAACGAUGGCAACAACGUGUACCACAACGUGAUCACGACCAACGCGCCGCAGGCGAGGAACCUCAACCUGAACAUUCCGGACGCGAUUGCGGCCAUUCGCUCGCAGUCCAAGAUGAACUUCCGGCUGGAGGAGUGGUUCUACACGCACAUGGAGGCCGACCCCAGCCAUCCGAUGUACAACCGCAACGUGGCCGUGCAGCUGUCGCGGAUCUUCCAGAUCACGCUGCACGUGCUCCAGCAGGCGAACCUGCGGGAGAACAUGCCCUCGCAGCUCUUCGCCGCGAUCAUCGCGGACAGCCGGACGGUGAUGGUGACCUUCGACUUCCGGGCCUCGAUCGUCGCCCUCUUCGACUCGCACCAGCACGGACGGGACGCGGGUGCGGUCUUCGCCCAGUGCACGCUCCAGAACAUGGACGACCUGCUCUUCUGGUUCAUCAGCAUGCUGCACAACGUCUACUCCAGCCGGCCGUCGCUCUUCGAGAUCUCCUUCCUCAGCUCGCAGCCGGGCGUGGCCAAGCGCAUUCCGCCGGCCAUCAAGAAAAUCGCCGGGGAUCUGAAGAAGCCGCUCAAGUUGAACAUUCCCCGGCCCUCGCACUGAUCGCACUGAUCAAUAGCGGCAGGGAAAACCCGUCCAGUACAGCAUCUUCCUUCGGGCGACAGGUCUUGGCGCGGAACCAACACUUAAGACUGGAUGCACCAAUUUAACGGCUCAUCUCCAAUCAAAAUCUCAAGUUUGUGUGGUUAGCACGUUCAAAAACGGAAUCCUAAAUUCUCAGUAGACCUUCAACUAAUAAAUAACGAACACCA